CUUACACAAAAGGGCUUUGAUGCCAGAGUAAAACAGUUAUUGUGUGGAGAAGACGCACACAGUGAAGGAAGUCAAGGAACAUUGGAGACAAAAGAAAAAAAUGAGAAGGCAUUUAUGGAUGCAGCACAAGUAUUUACCAAGGCGAAACAUUUAAUAAAACCCCAGGUGAAAAAAUGUCAGUUUCCCAUUCGUCGGAAAGAUAAGUCCCUGUUAAAGAUAAAAAUGAGUCCCAUGGAGUGGAAACCACGAACAUCCAAAAAACCAGGCAGAUAUCAAAAAGUCAUUCUUGAAGAAGCCCCCCCAAGGAUCCUAGUGCCAGGCACAGAAGAUUAUGAUGAACUGAUACGUAUUGCUCAGGAUGCAUUUUGGACAGAAAAGGAAAGAGAGGGAAGUACAUUUACUCUUUGCCAUUCAGAUGGCACAAGGUGGACAAAGGAGCAGUUUUGUCAAGAAUAUGGAUCUGUCUCUGAGAUUCCAACUCCCUGGAAGAGAACAUUUUAUAUUGGACGUAGAGAAAUGGAUAUUAUCUGCCUCGGUGAAAGCAGUUCAGCAUUAGGAAAUGAUGAAAUGGAAGACUCAGACAUGAUCAGGGUGCAAGGGAGACCUCAAUUCCAGAGAUCCAAAUUGCAACUCCUAAUCCAGAGAGGCCCAUGGAAGAAGGUGUUUGCCCACAAAAUGAGGUUGUAUUCUCAACGCCUGCCAUUAGUGGACGAAUCACUAAUCAAUUACAGUGAACAGAACAUGUUGGGUGAAGGAACAUUUGGGAAAGUAUAUCGAGGUUCUUUUCAGGGAACCCCCGCUGCCAUAAAGAGGAUUCCAUAUGGCAUAGCAGGACUUCAAGAUCAGGACAUACAGCAUGAGAUUCUUGUCGCAAUGCGAUUGAGCCAUCCCAAUAUUGUACGACUUAUGGCAGCAGCCCACACUGAAAACACGUUCUUGCUGGCCAAUGAAUACAUUCACGGUACAACCCUGGAUAAUGUGCUACACAGUGACAAUGCUUGUGUUAAGCUUGAAGGAAAUGAUAGUCAUUUUGUUGCCCUGGACAUUUCAAUGGCUGUUGAAUACAUCCAUUCAAAAAAUGUCAUCCAUCAGGAUCUGAAGCCUGACAAUAUCCUGGUAAGUAAUGUGCUUAACAGCUGCUUAUGGGGAUGUUAA